AAAUGGGAUGUGGAGCUUCAAAAGAAAUAGAAAAAUAAAUAGAAGAAUAUGUAAUAAUUUAAAUAUUUUUCAGCAAGUGAAAAUAGAUGAAAUAUAAGAUAUAAAUACCGUUCUUUUAUAAUAAAUUAAUGAGUUGAAAGAAAAUAAGAACAAAAGAAAGCCUGUUUAUGUGGUAGCAGAUUAAGAAGUAAUAAUAAAAUUGAAUAAAGAUAGAUGAUUUAUUUGUCUUUAAGACUGAUUUAGACAAAAGGUUUGAAUAGAUUGAUACAGAUAUAAAAAAAAUUAGAAUCUAAUUAUUGGGGUAAGAUCAAGUUAAUUAAAAACAAACAAAUGAUAAAAAAUAAAUAUCUAAAUAAACAGAAGAUGCAUCAUCAGAAAAUAAAUGGUUAGAAAUGAUGGAGAAUAAUGAUAAUGAAAUUACUUUAAAACAUUUUUAGGAUCCUAUACUUGAUGAAUUGAGUGAAAAAUAAGAAUAGAAUUUUAAAGAAAAGAGUAAUGAUAAAGUAGAAAAUUUAGAAAUGAUAAAAACUAUUCCAAAAUAAUCGUUGGAACAAACAUAACCUAAAUAAUAAUAAUAAGAAUAAAAAUCUGUAGCAAACAUAAGUGAAAUAUCUAAAUAAUUAGCUGAUGCUUUAGGAGAAGAUAUGAAAUAAAUACAUGAUGGUAUGAAAAGUAAACUAUUCUAUAAUACUGGUAUAAAUUAAACAAAAGAUCUUUUAUCAAAUAAUUAAUCUAAUGCUUAGGUUAGUAUACCAAAUAAUUCAAAUCCUAAUAUUACAACUACUAAUAAUAAUAUCACUAAUAACAAUAAUAAUAAUAAUAAUAAAAAUAGUAGGGUAAAUAUAUAGAACACACCUAAAAUUGAUUAAGUCAAAAGAAAAUCUACUAAAUCAGGAAGUUAAGUUGAUAAGGCUUAAGCAAGUUCUUAAUAACAUUUUUUUUCUAAGCAAUCAACGGAAGUAAUAGUGGCAAAAAAAAAAACUAAAAAAAGUUGA